CAUGCUGUUGUGCACCCCUGCCCGGUGUGCAGCAAGGCCUUCCCGCUGCAGCGCAUGCUGACCCGCCACCUGAAGGGCCACAGCUUGGUCAAGAAGCACGUCUGCCGGUACUGCGGGAAGGGCUUCAACGACGCCUUCGACCUGAAGAGACACACACGGACCCACACCGGCAUCCGCCCCUACCGCUGCCAUGUCUGUGCCAAGGCCUUCACCCAGCGCUGCUCCCUGGAGUCCCACCUCCGUAAGAUCCACGGGGUGCAGCAGAACUACGCCUACCGUGAGCGCCGCGCCAAGCUCUUCGUCUGCGAGGAGUGCGGCUUCACCUGCACCGCCGGCGACGAGUACUACACCCACGUGUGGCGGCUCCACCCCGGCAACACCCUGCUGCACAAGUACCUCCGCAAGCAGGGCGCCACCCCGCUCUGCUUCCUGCUCUACCCCGGCGGCUAUUAUGCCUGA